AUGGCCCCCUCAGCCGAAACCCUCCCCACCCAGGAGUCAACUCCCCAACCCACCACCACCACUCCCCAGCCCAUUCCGCACGACCCAACCCACGAAGAACACCAAUACCUGAACCUAAUCCGCCGCAUUCUGGCAGAAGGCGAGCACCGCCCGGACCGUACCGGCACAGGCACACGCUCAAUCUUCGCCCCUCCACAGAUGCGCUUCUCCCUCUCCAAACCCUCCACCACAUCCGAAGAACCCUACACCCCGAUCCUCCCCCUCCUAACCACCAAACGGGUCUUCCUGCGCGCCGUCCUCGCCGAACUCCUCUGGUUCAUCUCCGGCACGACCUCCUCCGUACCCCUCAGCGAAGCGGGGAUCAAAAUCUGGGACGGCAACGGCUCGCGCGAAUACCUCGACAAAGUCGGUCUCUCGCACCGGGAAGUCGGCGACCUGGGACCCGUGUACGGCUUCCAAUGGAGACAUUUCGGGGCGGAAUACGUCGACGCCAAGACAGAUUAUACCGGUCAGGGUGUGGAUCAGUUAGCCGAGGUGGUUAAGAAGUUGAAGGAGAACCCGUUCGAUCGGAGGAUUAUCAUGUCGGCGUGGAAUCCUAAGGAUAUGAGGAUCAUGGCUCUGCCGCCUUGUCAUAUGUUUGCGCAGUUUUAUGUUAGGUUUCCGGAUGCGAAGAGGGAUGAAACCGGGGUGGUUAGGGAGGGGGAGUGGGGGAAGGGCCAUUUGGAUUGUUUGUUGUAUCAGAGGAGUGCGGAUAUGGGGCUUGGUGUGCCGUUUAAUAUUGCUUCUUAUGCGUUGUUGACGCAUUUGUUGGCCCAUGCGGUUGAUAUGGUUCCCGGGACUCUGGUGCAUACCUUGGGUGAUGCUCAUGUUUAUUUGGAUCAUGUGGAGGCGUUGAAGGAGCAGAUUGAACGUGAGCCGGUGGCGUUUCCGGAGGUGAGGAUUAAGAGGGACGAUAGGGGUAGUGGGGUUGUGGAUGGGUGGAAGGAGGAGGAGUUUGAGGUUGUUGGGUAUAAGCCGCAUAAGGCGAUUAAGAUGAAGAUGAGCGUUUAG